AUGCCAGGCGGUACCGUGGGUUUGAUCCUCUCCACAGUCGCACCUGCAAACUCGGACAUCUGCUCUGUAAGAGAAAUGGUAGAUUCUCAAUCUCAGACCGAUUUAACAAAAGCCCUCGACUCUUGUACACCAUGUGAUGUCUUGAGUAACAAAAUAAUAAGAGAAAUCAAGGUUUUGCUUUCAAGUAUGCAGCAAUUUUUGAGAAAAGGAACCCCAGAUCAGUGUUUCAAACUGCUUCCUGAGGAGUUCAAGUCUGAUGAACGAUUUAAGCGGAUAAAUUCUCUCCGAACCCCGGUCCCAGCCACACCGCAGCCACACCAACCACAGGACCUCCCAACCUUGGCGGAAGAAUACUUCCGACCUUCCAUCCCAGAUCGAGGGAACAGGUUGAAAAGAUUGGUAAAAGUUGCUCAACAUAUCACGGAGUUUCAAAUCCAGGAUAAUGUUGAUCUAGGCAAAGCCUACAAUGAAGAAUCUAUUCAGGAAACCCCAAUCGCACAGACAGGGGCAACUGUUGAUCCAGGCAGUGUUUGCGAUGCAGACUCAACUCUGGAACCUUCGAUCGCACGGGCAGCAGCAAUUUUCAACAAAAUAACUUCGAAGCAAGAUACCAAAGGAACGAUA